AAAUGACAACUUUUUCACAAAAAAGUAGCUUCAUUAUUUUGGCCCUCAUUAUUUCCCCAUCUGUUUCGGCAACCAGAGCCUCAAAAUUCCAAGCAGAGAAGCCAUGCAAAAGGAUGGUGCUGUAUUACCACGACAAGCUGUUCGACGGCACGGAGAAGGACAAGGCUAAUGCGACGUCUGUAACCGCGGCCAAUGCAAGCAAGCUCAGCGACACUAAUUUUGGCAUGCUUGUUGUUUUUAAUGACCCCAUUACCAUCGACGACAAGUUUCAUUCUCCACCCGUGGCAAGAGCUCAAGGCUUCUAUUUCUACGACAGGAAAGACACCUACACGGCUUGGUUUGCGUACACUUUGGUGUUCAACUCAAGUGAGCACAAGGGCACGUUGAAUAUUAUGGGCGCCGAUUUGAUGACGGAAAAAACUAGGGAUCUUUCGGUUGUUGGAGGGACCGGAGACUUCUUCAUGGCUAGAGGAAUUGCCACAUUUCAGACUGAUACUUUGCAGGGUUUAUAUUAUUUUCGUCUGAAGAUGGACAUCAAGUUGUAUGAAUGUUAUUAGUUCCACUAGGGUUCAAGAAUGUCUUACGUGUCAUAAAUGUGCAUGUAUAAGAAAAGCUUGUGAGAGAGAUGUUAUGCAUAUCCCUUGUGUAAGAAAAGCUCCUAAGGUUUGACAUUGCUAGUCGGAGAUGUCCCCGAGUGUUAUAAUAAAUUAAUAGUUCUACUUGUGUUGGAAUCUCACUAAUAAGAGAGAGGAUUAAGGAAGUUUGUCCAGUGUGCUAAGAUUAGUAGUAACCUUAAUUACUUGUGAAACUUCUCGUUUGCCGAGGUGUAAUUGCAAGGAAAUUUUUUUCUCUUAA